AUGGCUUCGCUUCCACCUUUGAAUGGCGGCGACGACCAGAACGUAAUAUCAUACAUGACCUCCCUCAAAGCCCCCCCGCUGGGUCCGCGAGACGCUCGAAAUGCACAGGUGUACUCCACGUACACCUCGUACCAGCACUACAAUGGGGUCACGGGUGAGGGCCUUAUCAUCGCCCAGUUUCAGACUGGCUAUGUUGGCUCGGCCGAGGCACGCGUGCCUCCGUUCUCUGCUGCCUCUAUGACUGGUGAUGCGUACGAGCGCCAGGAUGCUGGAGUCAACACCGCUCGCCAGGAGCUCCAGCGUGAGUCGGAGACUGGAGAGAAUAUGGUGCCAGAGCUAUAG